AAUGUCCUUCUCUUUUCUUUACAGAUUGUGUCUGAAUCCUUACAAGAAUGGAUGAUGUCUUCGGAAAUUCAAGCAGCGAGACUGUGAUGGAGGCUGACUUAUCGAAAGUGCUGGCAAAUAUCAAUCAGAAUAUUGCGGAUUUACAGUACUUAGAGUUACAGCUCCCUCCAGAAGCAAUGGAAUCCGCCCAGGCUCCCCAAACUGGCUGCCUUUCCGCUGCAGCUCAACCCCAGGCCAAGGUCAACUUUCAAGAAGUCGCAGCUGGCAAUGUCAGUGUACCUGUACACCACCACACCCAAGAGCCCGUGAGGCAAAUUUCUUUUAUCCGGUCAAGUGUGGUUACUCACAAGAAUGGCCCAACAACCAACCUAGCUCACAUUGUUAAUCAGCCCUCUGGAAAGACUUCUGGUUUGCCUCUUCCUGCUCAGGGUAUGCUAGCACCAAAGGAUGCAGAGGGCCAGUUUGCUGUACCUAGUGUUGUUCCUAGGAGCACUGUUGCUCAUGUCCCAGUAAUCACUAGUGUUGGUCACAAUCAGGGUGAAGGACCCCAACCACAGCCAAGAUACUUAUUAGAGACAGUUGGAAAAGGAGGUAACCUGAGGCAUACACAGUCUGCUGUUGUAGAGAAACGUUUCUAUGAUCAAAGUGUGAGGCCCCGAGCACAAAGCACUGGUGCCACUACAACUCAAGCCAACUAUCAGCACGUUCAGUAUCGUGUAGAAUAUCAUAACUUGAAUUUCCACACUGACCACCAUUCACAUGGGCAGAGUGAACAUAGGUAUGAACUUAAAUCCAAACUCCCAUCAGAUACUGCAGAGAGAGCAACAACAGUUAAUACGCCUAAGUCUCAGUAUGACAACAUGCCUGGUCCAGGUGCACAGGCUCUACCAGCAUCAGUUAAGCACUUGCCAUCACAACAUGCUCCACCCGCCCUUGCACCAGAUUCUGCUCUACCCACAAUAAGUGAAGUAGGGUUUCAUCCCAUGCAAAUGCCACAAUAUGUCAAUAUUCCCACUCGCAAUUACGCUCCAGCUUCACCCCUCCAGAAGUUAGCUGUAGCAUUAGAGACAGGUGGUAGUAACAGUGCACCGUCUACUCCCAGAGGGGGAGGAGGAGCAGCAGUAACAGCAGUCCCACCACCGCGGUUCCACCAUAGUUAUAUUGAAUUAUGGACUGGGGCCAAAGAAGAAAGAGAUUCUCUCAGCGACAGUGAAUGUGAGGAACUGAAGCGUUCAUUCCAAGAACCUCAGACUCCUGUAGGCCCUUCUCCAGGUUAUGUUGAGAUGAGUUCUCCAUAUGUCAAAAGUCCCCAAGUUGCCAGUCCAUUUAAUGGAUCAGUACUGGCUGAUCUUGCCACCAAGUUGGCGUCCUAUGCUGGUCACCAGCCUAGAAAUAUAUUUUGUCCAUUUUGCCCGCGGUAUUUUGGUUAUGAAAAGAGUCUGGGAAGUCACAUCCACAAACAACAUAAGGAAGAACUCAACUCUAUGGUGGAUAGCAAACCAGGGGAAGUGAAAAUUCAAUUUUGCCCAAUUUGUCAGGCUCGAUUUUUCAAUGUCUCUGUCUUACCAAAACAUUUAAUAGACUUCCACAGAGCAUCAGUCGUUGAGAUUUUAGAGAAGAAGAAUUGCAUCAUGUCUGAUACAUCAGGUAUCCAGUGCCCAUUUUGUAUAAAGAAAGUUCCUCAUGGCAAAACUGGAGAACAGGUGUUACUGUAUCAUAUGCAGCAGUUGCACUUUAAUGAUUUUGAGAAGAUGGUUCAGUCUAAAUUCCAGCCGUAUUCUGGCAAUAGCAAUCGGGAGUCACUCAAGAGUAUUUCUUCCACAGAUGUUUCAGAAGUUAUAGCUUUUCAACCAGGAAUCACCUCAACACCUGGACUUAGUAACAAGUUGAAUUCAAUGAGUAUUCUGUCGGCUGAUUCAAAGAGAAACAUGGAAGCCCUCAAUUUAGAUGCUACUUGGUCUUCUCAUCAAGGCAUUCUGAAGUCUCCCAUGACCCUACAGCCACAACCAGCCAAAAUCAAUCCAAAUAAUGCAAAAGAAGAGACAGACAAGGAAGUGAAAAAGCAACUUCCCACUUCUGUCAGUAAGGGAAUCUUACGUAAUAAGAGUGAAUUUAUCAGAAAACCAAGCGUUAAGAGAGAACUCCGUUUUAGUGUGCCACCAGUAACUAGUGAAGAAGUGUUUGUGCCCGAGUCACCAGAGCACUGUACCCCAGAGCGUAGUGUGGAACACCAACAGCAGAACAACUUAAAUCAGAUACAGCAGAUGGAAAAUCAGCGAAAGGAAGCAACUGCAACUGGAGUGCAGAGGACCAUACCCAUACGAAUAGACAGCCUGUCUGCUGCAGAUUUCAUGGACCUGAACGAUAAGGCUGGAGGUGAGCGGAAGAGACGACGACUGGGCCUUGGCAUCCGUUCAAGAAAGGCAUUCAAGAAGAAAGACAAGGAGAACAUCAGUGAAAGAGAUCUUAGUAACCGAAAGUCAGGUGCGAGUAAGUUGGUGGACAAUGCGAAGAAGCUGAUUACCGAAGGUUCUCACACAGGGAAGGAGGUGGUUCCUACUAAGCAUACCAGGACGUUCCGCCGGCCGAAACCUGUACCAGUCCCACGAGUGCCAGAGCUUCCACCACCAAUGGAGACAAACGGUUGCCACACUGUCGAGGAGAUGAUGCAGAUCGCUUGUAAUCAGAGAUCCGUUGACAGCGAAGCAUCGAAUAUAUCGCCCUUCACACAUCUCAAGCUGUACUCUCCGCUGCGCAUGUUCCGGUGCAGCAGCUGCCAUGUGAAGUUCUGCGACAAUGAGUCUCUCAGUGGCCACAUUGGUUCCAGACACCGUGGGUUGCUGCACAUUCUGAGACCCCAGUACAGCUGUGGCGUCUGCUCUGCUAGAUUCUACGAAAACAAAUAUCUCGUGAAACACUGUCUCCAACACCACACUUCGCUCCUGGAGAUCAGAAGCCCAACUAAGCACAAAAUAUCGAUCUACAGAUUUACACAAACUUGAAAUUCAGAUCACUCUCUUCUUUACUAUUGUAUAAUUGAAAGUUUUUUCCAUAGCCAAACUUACUGUUGUUAACAAAAGUAUAUAUGGUAUUAAUCCUCGUAAUAUAUAUUGAGGGCUUGAUAUGAAAUAUAAUUAACAAAAUGUUAUCUCAGUUUAAUCAUGUAUGCCCACAAGAAUUAAUAGGCAUUUGUAAUACAAUAGUUAAUAUCAAUUAAACAUGAAAUCUUGUUCACAAAUCCAAUAUCUGGCCCCCCCCUUUUUUUAUUAGGGUCAUUAUACAAUUAUAUUAAUAUUAUUUAAUGCCUUGUUACAAACAUAUAAUUGUUGUUGCUCAUAUCCAGUUAGCAUCAGUUUUGUAAAAAGGCAAAUCUUUUAAUCAACGAAAGAAGUUAAAUGUUUAUGUAAAUUUUGUACAUUGAUAAAUUAGCAAAUGAAAUUUCUUCUGUAGUCUGUACCAUUUUCUUCUGUGUCAUAAUUUCUGGUCAUUAAGUGUUGCAUUCGGAAUUCUUAUUGUAAUCAGAGUUUAUUUUAUGUCAAUAAAUGAUGUUACUCUUAGAUACUCUAGGAAUCAUAUUUUGUACAGAUAAUUAUUGUUAUAUCACAAAUAACUACUUUAUAAGCAGAUGAGCAGCUCCCACUCAGUGAUUGAGUUCAUUGCCGUGUCUGAGCUGCGGAAUAUUAAAAACACUUGAAUUUCAAA